AUAGUCAAUCACGCAUCAUAGUGACAUUUCAGUGACCUGUUUUUGGUAAUUCGACACCUUUACCAUAAACGAACGAAACGGAAAUCAAUAGUUGUUUGGUAAACCAGAAGUCAGCUGCUCGAAGAGUCGUCAGCGGCGCCAUUGUUGGUGGCGAAUAAUCGAAACACAAAUGGCAGCCAUUUUACCUCAAAGGAGAGUUCUUGUCAAUCGUUGACUAUAAAUGUUAUUUUUAUAUUUUACAGUGUGAAUAUUUAUUAUAAUCCGUUUUUUAUAGUGUUAUUUAUUUAUAUGCAGUGAGUGAGUGAGCAAUCAUGUCUGGAGAACGAGAAAUUGCGGCUGAGGAUAGCAUAAAAGUAGUGUGCCGAUUUCGACCACUGAAUGACUCCGAAGAAAAGGCUGGAAGUAAAUUUAUUGUGAAAUUCCCUUCUGGCGGCGAUGAAAACUGCAUUUCAAUCGGAGGCAAAGUUUAUCUUUUUGACAAAGUUUUCAAACCGAACGCUUCACAAGAAAAAGUCUACAAUGAAGCAGCCAAAUCUAUUGUUUCAGACGUGUUGUGUGGUUACAAUGGCACAAUAUUUGCGUACGGACAAACAUCGUCAGGCAAGACCCACACCAUGGAGGGGGUCAUUGGUGACGCCGGCAAGCAGGGAAUCAUCCCUCGCAUCGUCAACGACAUAUUCAACCACAUAUACGCCAUGGAGGAGAACCUCGAGUUUCACAUCAAGGUCUCCUACUUCGAAAUCUACAUGGACAAAAUCAGAGAUCUGUUAGACGUAUCAAAAGUCAACCUAAGUGUACACGAAGACAAGAACCGGGUGCCGUUUGUGAAGGGAGCGACCGAACGAUUCGUUUCCAGCCCUGAUGAGGUUUUUGAGGUCAUCGAAGAAGGAAAAUCCAACCGACAUAUAGCUGUAACCAAUAUGAAUGAACACAGUUCAAGGAGUCAUAGUGUUUUUCUCAUUAAUGUAAAACAAGAGAAUCUCGAAAAUGAAAAGAAACUCUCUGGAAAGCUCUACUUGGUUGAUUUGGCAGGCAGUGAAAAGGUGAGCAAGACAGGUGCAGAAGGUACUGUGCUAGAUGAAGCCAAGAACAUCAACAAGUCGCUGAGUGCGUUGGGUAACGUCAUCUCCGCGCUGGCCGACGGCAACAAGACCCACAUCCCCUACAGAGACUCCAAGCUGACGAGGAUAUUACAGGAGAGUCUUGGCGGCAAUGCUCGCACUACCAUCAUCAUCUGCUGCUCACCUGCCAGCUUCAACGAGUCCGAGACCAAGUCCACCCUCGACUUUGGCCGGAGAGCAAAAACAAUCAAGAAUGUAGUUUGUGUGAAUGAAGAACUGACAGCAGAAGAGUGGAAACGAAGAUACGAGAAAGAGAAAGAAAAGGUGGCGAGGUUAAAAGGGAAACUUGAGAAGUUGGAGUUGGAACUGAGCAGGUGGCGCCAGGGUGAAACAGUGAACCCUGAAGAGCAAGUCAAUUUGAACGAGACUGUAGAGGCGGUGACGCCUGUCGCACCUGCACCUGAGAUCAAGAAAGAUGUGGUGCUGGGGCCGAUGCCAGCCACCCCUGGUGGAGGCAUCAUGGUCGGGUCUCUGUCCAACGAGGAGAGACAGAAGUUGGAGGAGGAGAGGGAGCGACUCUACCAACAGCUGGAUGAGAAGGACGAGGAAAUCAACCAGACCAGUCAGUACGUGGAGAAACUCAAGGAGCAGAUGAUGGAGCAAGAAGAGCUGAUUGCGUCGACGCGGCGAGACUUUGAGCUGCUGCAGCAGGAGAUGGCUCGCAUCACACAGGAGAACGAGAGCUCCAAGGAGGAGGUGAAGGAGGUGCUGCAGGCUCUGGAGGAGUUGGCAGUGAACUACGACCAGAAGAGUCAGGAGGUGGAGACCAAGAACAAGGAAAACGAACAGCUUACUGAGGAACUCAUGCAGAAACAGAGCACACUGAACACCACGUCGUCCGAGCUGCAGCAGUUGAAGGACAUGUCGACUCAUCAGCGGCGGCGCAUCACUGAGAUGCUCACCAACCUGCUCAAGGACCUGGGCGAGAUCGGGGUGGCCAUCGGUGGCGAGAGCGAGAUGAAGCUGGCGAGUGACAGCAAUGGCAAGCUGGAAGAGGAGUUUACAGUGGCCAGGUUGUACAUCUCCAAGAUGAAGUCUGAAGUGAAGAACUUGGUGCAACGCUGUCAAGGUCUGGAGACGUAUCAAACUGACUGCAACAAGAAGAUCAGUGAGUAUGAGAAGGACCUGGCAGAGUGUCGUCUGCUGAUAUCCCAACACGAGGCUCGUAUGAAGUCGCUGCAGGAGUCUAUGAGAGAGGCGGAGAACAAGAAGCGGGCUUUGGAGGAGAAUGUGGACGCCUUGCGGGAGGAAUGCGCCAAAAUGAAGGCUGCCGAACAAGUACACGCAGUGUCUACCAAGGAGAAGGCUGAGGCCACGGAGAAGGCGGCCACCAUGAGGGUGGCGCUGGAGGAGCAGAUGGACCAACUGAGGGAUGCUCACCAGAAACAGGUCGGGGAGCUGAGGGACGAGAUCAGCGAGAAACAGUCUGUCAUCAACCAGCUCAAGGACCUCAACCAAAAGUAUACUCUGGCUCAACAACAACUACAACAAGAGUAUGAGAAGCUGAAAAAGGACGAAGAAGAUAAGAGUCAUAAGCUCCAAGAACUAAUACUGACCAAUGAGAGGAGAGAGCAGGCCAGGAAGGAUCUCAAGGGGCUGGAGGACACUGUCGCCAAGGAGUUGCAGACGUUACACAACCUGCGCAAACUGUUCGUACAGGACCUGCAGGCCAGGAUCAAGAAGUUAGACCAGACCAAGUGUGUGAGGAGACGUCACUUUGUCAGAACCAUGGUCCAAUAUUCCCUCCAGUACCUUUCCUACUCCCAAUCGGUGAAUGCGGAAGACAACGAGGACGACGGCGGCUCGUUGGCUCAGAAGCAGAAGAUCAGUUUCCUAGAGAACAACCUGGAUCAGCUGACCAAGGUACACAAACAGCUGGUCAGAGACAACGCGGACCUGCGCUGUGAACUGCCCAAACUGGAGAAGCGACUGCGGGCCACCAUGGAGCGAGUCAAGGCUCUAGAGACGGCUCUGAAGGAGGCCAAGGAAGGAGCGAUGAGGGAUCGCAAGAGAUAUCAGUUUGAGGUGGAUCGCAUCAAGGAAGCUGUGCGGCAGAAAAACUUGGCCAGGCGCGGCCCCAGUGCACAAAUCGCCAAGCCAAUCAGAGCAGGCCAGCAGCACCUGCAGAGUGGGGUGAGGCCAGUAGUGAUGAGCCCUGGCCGCAUUAUGGACGACGACACUCCCAAACGCAAGAGCAUCAUGGGCGGAGGAGGCAACAAGGAUGAAAGCUGAGAGGUCUGCCUAGUCGGAGAAAUGCGCUGAUUCACCACACUGACCGCCCCAUUAUAGUUUAUUUUCCUUUGUUCGGUGCUCUUUGGUUUGGGGUGCAACGUCGUUUAUCUCAUUUUGGCAGUACUGAUUAAAAAAUAAUUCCAAUAUAUAGUUAUAUAAGUAGAAGCUUGUGUGAGUGUGUGUGAAAAUCCGUGUGUGAGCGAACGAGUGUGUGCGAGAGCUUCGACUUUCCUCCUAAAACGUGUCGUCGACCAAAGAUGUCUUACGAAUUUAUAGAUUGAUCCGACGGCAUUACUAUUUAUUUUUGUUUGCGCCGUAAACAAUUUUAAAAUUCGAGAAAAGAAUGCCUUCGUUGGGUAUCAGUGCAAUAACAGAUUUGUAUAUACGAGCUUAACUAAUUAAGCCUAGCUUAUAUUUCCUUAGACAUUUAACUUUGUCUUUCUUCAGCACUUAAUGCCUUUCUGUAGUUUGCAAUGAAAUGAUUGUAAUUUAUAGACUUAGCUAAGCUACUGCAUUUUCUCUGGUCGAACGAACAUUAAAUGUUGUUAAUUUAUUCGUAAAGAUUUAAUAGUACCUGCUUGUCUAAUAGUGUAAGUCAAAUGCAGUUAUACUUUUGUUUACAUCUGUUCCAAUUUUAACCUGUUGUAUUUAAUGUGUGUAAUAUUUAUUUGCAUGACAGAUUUUAUAUUUGUUUUGUUAUUAGUGAUACUUAACAUGUUUGUAGAAGCUGCAUAAAAAAUAUCUUGCAUAAUAUUAUAUUAUUAUUAUAGUUGCAAAUCAUCAGACAAACAAUUAGAUUGUUUUACGAUUUGAAAUAUUUUUUAAUUGAGUUUUACAUGUUAUUUAUACAUUUUAUAUACAUAUAUUAAAUGUUGGAUUGAUUUCCGAGCCUCGUCUCGCCUGUGUUGGUACAGUUAAGUUGCUGGGAGUACAGACUUGGGGCAUCCAAGUACUAAUGUAAGUCCCAGCUCUUCACUUAUGCCAUACGGUAUUAAAAUCAAAGUAAAUACAUAUAGAUACUCUUUCCUGUGAAUUAUUUUCUAAGAUUUUUACAUUUGAUCAACAUAAUAGCAAAGAGGUGACUGCUCAACUGCAAGUUUGUAGAAGGCAUUCUUUUCUAUUUUCGGUGAGAUCGCAUGCGAAGAUGGAAAAUAUAUUUUGGUGCAAGAUGAAUUCUCUUACCUUUCUGCAUCAAUGUGCAGCGGUGAUGUACAGAUUUAGAUUAAUAGAUUAAUUUAUUUAACAUAUUUAGUUGGUCAGGCGACCGAACAUCCUAGUGUGAUCUUAUUAUUAGAUUGUUACUUUUUUUAUUGUUUAUAAUUAAUUAUCAUUCUCGAUCGGGAAUAAUUGUGGUGUUACUAUCGCCCACUGAGCUUGAACAUAAUUUAUAAUCGCCUGAAACUUGUUUUAUAUUUAAUUUGAGAUUUUAACAUCAUUAAAAUAAAAUAACUUUUUAAAAGCUUGUAGCACAGUUACAGAACACUUAACACUGUCAAAAGCUCUGGCUUGACACGCUUGUGUGCAGUCUGGACUUGACAAUGUCUUAGUUCUGUCCAGUCCAGUGUCCUCUCUCUCAUUUGUCUAUCAUAUUUUUUUAUUUAUCAUUCAACUUAAAUUGCCUUUCAAACUUAACUCAAAGUUAUCAUUUCAGGGCUCUAAACUUGAAUUCUUUCAGCAGAUCACACUCUGUUCUGUGUUUGUGGACUGGCGGAACUAAGAACACAAUCUGUGUAUAAAUACAUUGUAUAGCUUGUGUAUACAUUGAUUACGCACUGCAUAGUUAGCCCUGACAGUUUUUUAUAAAGUGUAACUUUGAAGAGUUUUAAGUUGUGAGGGAAAGAGAAUAUUUUUGAGACAUAAUCGCACUGUUUAGAGGUUCUGUACUGCUUGGUUUCGAGGUGACAACAAUAAUAUACAGCUAGCCAUGCU